AUGCCAAAAAUACAUUUUUUAUUUAUUUUUAAUUUAAUAUUAACAACACAUUUUAUUAAUUGUCAAUCAUUAGAGGAUAAUUUAACAAUUAAAAUAUUAGAAAAUAAUUUAGUUGAAGAAACAAAUAAUUCUUUAUUAAAUGAAUUUAAAGAAAUUAAUUUUGAAUUAAUUAAUUUAAAUUGGACACAUGUUAGUGUUCCUUUUGGUCUUUCUCUUUGGGUUUUGUUGGCUAGUAUUGCUAAAAUACUUUUCAAUUUAAAUAAACAAAUGGCCGAAGCAAUUCCCGAUUCAGCAUUAUUAAUAGUUCUCGGUUUAUUAUUGGGAUCUGUUUUACGUUUUGCACAAGUCGAUGAAAAAUUAUUUUUUUUACCUUCAGAUACUUUUUUUCUUUAUUUAUUACCUCCAAUUAUUUUUGAAGCUGGUUAUUUUAUGCCAAAUCGGGAACUUUUUGAUAAUAUAGAUUCUGUUAUGUUAUUUGCUUUUUGUGGAACAAUAUGGAAUACAUUAACUAUUGGUUCAUCUCUUUUUUGGAUUUCAAAAUUUGGAAUUUUCUCUGUUGGAUUUUCUUCUUUUCAAAUUUUGCUUUUUGCUUCUUUAAUUAGUGCUGUCGAUCCAGUUGCCGUUAUUGCUGUUUUUGAACAAAUAAAUAUAAAUUCUUUUUUGUUUAUUAAUGUUUUUGGGGAAGCAUUAUUUAAUGAUGGUGUUAGUGUUGUUCUUUAUCAAAUGUUUCGUAAAUUUUUAUUAAUUGGUAUUGACAAUCUCUCUUUUUGGCAUUUUAUUGCUGGAUGUGCUUCUUUUCUUAUAAUUUCAUUUGGGGGUUUAUUUAUUGGCCUUUUAUUUGCAAUUGUGGCUUCUUUAGCAACAAAGUUUGCAACACGUAUUCGACUUUUAGCCCCAGUUUUUGUUUUUGUUGUCCCUUAUUUGGCAUAUUUAAGUGCCGAAUUGUUUGGUCUCUCAUCUAUUUUGGCAAUAGUUGCUUGUGGAAUUGGAAUGAAGCAAUAUGUGAAAGAAAAUCUUUCAAUAGAUGCUUCUUCUUCUGUUAAAUAUUUUGUUAAAAUGCUUGCACAAUGUAGUGAAACGGUUAUUUUUAUGUUUCUUGGAUUAUCAACAGCUUCACAUAAUCACCAUUUUGAUUGGGCAUUUAUUGGAAUUACAAUUGGGUUUUGUUUACUUUUUAGAAUUUUUGGGGUUGUUGUUCAAUGUUUAUUUUUAAAUAAAUGUCGGAAUAGAAAAUUCUCUUUUUCUGACCAAUUUGUUCUCUCAUAUGGAGGUCUUCGAGGGGCAAUAGCUUUUGGACUUGUUGUCUCUUUGGAUGAUAAAAUCCCCGCAAAACAAAUGUUUGUAACUACUUGUAUUGCUGUUAUUUUCUUUACUGUUUUUGUACAGGGUAUUACAAUUCGCCCAUUACUUUAUUUUUUAAAAGUUGAAAAAAAGGAUAUCGAGAAAAAAGAUACAAUGACCGAAAAAGUUUAUAUUAAGGUAAAGAAGAAGAAGAAAAUAAAUAAAAAUAUUUAUUUAUUUAAGUAUUGUGAUUAUAUGAUGUCUGGUUUAGAAGAUAUUAUUGGAUUUAAAGGAAAAAAUUCUGUUAGAGAUAAAUUUGAACGUUUUAAUGCAAAAACAUUAAAACCAAUUUUGACAAGCGGCAAAAAACACCCAGUGAAUUUUGAUACUUCUUAUGUUGUUAGGGCUUAUAGAAAAAUAACAUUAAAUGAGGUGAAAAUUGCCAAUCGCCUCGUCCGUGCAAGUAGUAACAAUUAUAAAAAUAAUAAAAAUUUGAGGAGAAUAGUCCCAGCUCCAAGUCCCUCUUCAGAAUGUUCAACAAUAAGUUAUGGAAAUUGUUGGACAGUUAAUAGUAAUGUAAAAGAAGAAGGAGGAGGAGGAAAUAAUAAUAAAAAUAAUUUAAUAUUAGAAGAAAAUAUAGAAUUAUUAUAUUCAAUGUUUUCACGUUUAUUGGAUAGAAAAAUUGAAGAAAUUGAAAAAAUAAAAGAAGAAAAAGAAGAGGAAGAAGAUGAUAAUUAUUUUAAUUUAUUUAUUAAAGAAAAAAAUAAAAAAGAAAAUAAACAAAGGAGAAAAGAAAAAAGAAGAGAGAGAAGAUAUUCAUUAAGUCCUUCUUUUGAGCGCAAUUUAUAUCUCAAAGGGACUAAAGAAAAUAAUAAAAACAACAAAAACUCCCCCAAAGAAUUACCAAAAACAGCAAAUUUAAUGUCAGAAAUACCUUAA